AUGGAGCCGCAGCAAGAGCUGCAGCAGGGGUCGCCGCAGCAGCAGCAGCCUGCUGCGCGGCUGCUGCUCAGCAGCAGCAAAACUGUUUGUGGAAAGACCUUUGCUAUGGCACGCCCGCGCCAGCAGCAGCAGCAGCAGCAACUGCAGCAGCAGCAUUUGCAACAGCAGCAGCUGCGGCAGCAGCUGCAGCAGCAGGGACUGCACUGCGAGCAAGGAAACGAUGAAGAGAACCUCCUGCUGCUGCUGCAGCAGAGACGCAUGCAGCUGCGGCAGCAGCAGCAGCAAAUCCUACAAAGGCUCGCAGGAUGUGGGGAAAUACCUCAGCAGCAGCAGCAGCUGCAGCAGCAGCAGCAGCAGCAGCAGCAGGGGGGCAGCAAGUCAGGAGGUUUAGGCCUUUCCCCUACCAGGCGAGGAGAGGAAUAUGCACAUAUGCAGCAGCAAGUCCAGGGCGGCGUCCUGCAGCAGCAGCAGCUGCAGCAACAGCAGCAGCUUCAGGUGCAGCACUUGCUGCAGCAGCAGCAGCAGCAGCAGCAGCAUCGGGGAACCCCCAUGACAGAUUUGCUGCGGGAGGGGCACACGCAAAUCAGCAGCAGCAGCAGCAGCAGCAGUGCAGAAGAUAGCUGGGGUGCAGCAAAAGAAAAGCAGCAGGAGCAGCUGCAGCAGCAGCAGCCACAAGGGCAGCAGCAGCAGUGGGGACAGCAAGACCAGCUGCUGCUGCUGCAGCGACUGCGCAUGCAGAGGCUGCAGCUGAAGCAGCAGCAAAAGGCGCUGCAGCAGCAAUUGAGUGAGCAGCAACAGCAGAGCGCUGAAGACACACAGCAGCAGCAGCAGCAGCAGCAGGCGCUGAAGCAGCAGCAGCACGUGCUGCAGCAGCCGCAACUGCAGCAGCAGCAGCGGAUGCAGGAACAGCAUUGGCAGAGUGAGGAUGACUACAGCCCCAGCUUUGCCCUGCAGCAGCAGCAAAAGCAGCAACAGCAACUGCAGCAGCAGCAGCAGCAGCAGCAAGUGCAGCAGCAGCAGCAGCAGCAAGGUAGCAGGGCCUCAAUUAGGGCCACAGCGCUGCAGCAGACACCGAUACCGCCACAAACGCACCAGCAGCAGCAGCAGCAGCAGCAGCAGCAGCAGCAGCCCCCUCGAGUCGACUCCUCUUUGCCCCCGCGGAGGCAGCAGCAGCCGCAGCAGCAGCAGUCUCCGCAGCAGCAUGCGCAGCAGCAAGCGCAGCAGCAAGCGCAGCAGCAAGCGCAGCAGCAAGCGCAGCAGCAAGCGCAGCAGCAAACGCAGCAGCAAGCGCAGCAGCAAGUGCAGCAGCAAGCGCAGCAGCAUGCGCAGCAGCAAACGCAGCAGCAAAUGCUGCAGCAGCAGCAGCAGCAGCACGCAAGGGUUGCUGCUGCUGCAACGGGCAGCCUCGGCCACUGCAGCAGCAAAGGUGUCCUGAGGCGGCAGCAGCGGCAGGCGCCUGUGUCUGUACACCAGGAACUGCAGCAGCAGCAGCAGCUGCUGCUGCAGCAGCAGCAGCAAAGAAGACAGAGAGAAGAAAACCUAAGGAAACUCUCUGAGGAAAGACGCAUGCGCCUUGCGCGCCAUCUGCAGCAGCAGCAGCGGCGGCAGCAGCAGCAGCUGCUGCAGCACUGGCAGCAGCAGGGCCAGCAGAAGCAGCUCCAGCUGCAGCAGCAGCUGCAGGAGCAACAGCAGCAACUGCAGCAGCGGCAGCUGCUGCUGCAGCAAUCCAGCAGGUCGCUCCAGACACAAACGCGCAAAGAAAGUGCAGCAAGGCCAAGGGCCUCUAUCCUGCAACAGCAGCAACAGCAGCAACAGCAGCAACAGCAGCAACAGCAGCAACAGCAGCAGCAAGAGCACGUGCAGCAGCAGCAAGAGCACAAGCAGCAGCAGCCCAAGCAACAGCAGCUGACACACGUGCAACUGCAGCAGCACAAGCAGCAGCAGCAGCACCUAUCAGCUCGGCCCCAGCCACACAAGCAGCAAUGCAUCCUGCAGCAGCAGCAGCAGCAGCAGCAACGCAUGCAGCUGCAGCAUCGACAGCAGCAGCAGAAACAACAGCAGCAAGGACAGCAGCAGCAAGUGCAGCAGCAGCAGCAGCAGAGCCGGCUUUCCCAUAAGGAAGCAACACAGCUGGAUUUACAGCACAACCGGCGCACACAGGUCAGCAGCAGUAGCAGCCGCAGCAGCAGCCACAGCAGCAGCAGCAGCAGCAGCAGCAGCAGCAGCAGCAUUUGCUACGGCGAAUACAGAGCUUCUGCUCUUCCCCCGUUUGCUGCGCUGCAGCAGCUGCAGCACGAGGCUGCUGCGGCCAUCCAGCGGGCCUGGAGAGGGCUGUGUGCUUUCGCCUCAGGGUUCAUUUGCCGUAAGAUAGUAGCAACUGCAGCAGCAGCAGCAGCAGCAACAGCAGCAGCAGAAGCAACGCAAGAAGCAGCAGCAGGAGCAGCAGAAGCAGAACGGCAGGAAAUGCAACUCUCAAGCCUGCAGCACCGCGAACUUCCUGCAGCAGCAGCAGCAGCAGCAACAGUAGCAGCAGCAGCAGCGAAAGCGCCUGCAAGAGCAGCAGCAGCAGCAGCACCAAUACGAGGCCCUGCUGCGAUCGCAGCAGCAACAGAAGUAACAGAGGCCUCCAGCAAAAGUGCUGCAGCAAGUGCUUCAGCAAGUGCUGCAGCAAGUGCUGCAGCAAGUGCUGCAGCAAGUGCUGCAGCAAGUGCUGCAGCAGCAGCGGCUGCAGCAGAUUCCCCUCCAGAGACACUGCCACCAGAACAUGAGAACUUCUUACCGCAGCAGCAGCAGCAGCAGCAGCACGGACAGCCGCAGCAGCAGCUGGGACAGCAGCGGCAGCAGGGACAGCAGCAGCAGGCGCAGCAGCAGCAACGGGGGCAGCAGCAGCAGCUGUGGCAGCAACAGCAGCAGCAGCAGCAGCAGCGGCAGCAGCAGCAGCAGCAGCAGGAACAGGAGCAGCAGCAGGGGCAAGAAAAAGACAAUAAGGUGGAAGCAAACUCACUUGAUGCACUUAUGCGUAAGACUGCAUGGAAGCUGCAGCAACACGCUCUGCAGCAGCAGCAGCAGCAGCAGCAGCAGCAGUUAGAGCAGGAACGGGAGCAGCUGCAGUGGCAGCACACUUUACAAGCGACAGGAAGUACUGCCAUGACUGCAGCAGCAGCAGCAGCAGCAGCAGCUGCAAAGGCAGCAGCAGACCCGCUGUGCAGCGCUGCAGCAGAACCAGCCAGCGGCAGCUGCAGCAGCAGAAGCAGCGUCAGCAGCAAAAGUCCUGCAGCAUGUGCUGCAGCACUUGAGCUGCAAGCAGCACAUGAAUAUGUCACUAAGCAGCAGAAGCUCGAUUUGCUGCUGCGGGAACUGCUGGCCCUCGUGCAGGAGAAGCUGCCGCUGCAGCCGGAGCAGCAGCAGCAGCAAGAGCGGCAGCAGCAGCAGCAGCAGCAGCAGCAGCAGGAGUCUCAGGUGCAGCAGCUUGAGAAAGAAACAUCGCAUGCCCAGCGCCAAAUGCUGCAGCAGCCGCCGCAGCCGCAGCAGCAGCAGCAGCCGCAGCAGCAGCAGCGGCCGCAGCAGCAGCGACCACUGCCGCAGCAGCAGCAGCAAUGGCGGCAGCAGCAGCCGCCGCAGCAGCAGCUGCUGCCGCCGCCGCCGCAACAGCAGCAGCAAUGGCAGCAGCAGCAGCCGCCGCAGCAGCAGCAGCAGCAGCUGCUGCUGCCGCCGCCGCAGCAGCAGCCGCAACGGCAGCAGCAGCAGCAGCAGCCACCGCAGCAGCAGCAGGAAACUCGUGCGCAGGAGCCGCAACAGGAAGCAUCACACCUCGAGUACCAGCAGCAGCAGCAGCAGCAUCAGCAGCAGCAGCAGACACGGCAAAAUCUGACUCACCAAGGAAUCGCAGCACAGCAGCAGGUGCAGCUGCAGUCUCCGAGCUCACCUGAGCAGCAGCAGCAGCAGCAGCAGCAGCAACGGCAGCAGCAGCUCUUGCCACAGCAGCAGCAGCAGCAGCAGCUGCAGCAGCUGGAUGCUGGCUAUACCCCUAGAGCGCCGCUGUAUUCCCUGCUGCCGCUGCAGCACCGCAGGAAAGAGGGGGUGGGAAGCACAGCAGCAGCAGCAGCAGCAGCAGCAGCAGCAGCAACAGGAGCAGCAGCGGGCGCAGAAAGAGCUCCCAUCACCCCGCGUGAUGCACUAGAGCAGCAGCAACAUGAUGCAGCAGCAGCAGCAGCAGCAGCAAGAGCGUGUCUUCCGUCUAGCACCUGCACGGCAGCGUCACCUCGAACGCAGCAGCAGCAGCAGCACGAGGGAGCAGCAGCAGGAGCUGCUGCUGCAGCAAGGGGCUAUCCAGCCUCGCCACGGUACGCUUUAGAGUCUCCUCGCUUGCUGACGCAGCAGCAGCAGCAGCAGCAGCAAGACAUCGCAGCAGCAGCAGCAGCGCGAGCCUACCUGGCCUCUCCAAGGUGCCCUCUUGAGUCUCCUCGUUUGCUGCAGCAGCAGCAGCAGCAGCAGCAGCCGCAGCAGAAGCUGCAAACUCUGAAUGCUGCGGCCAGCCCAAGAAGCCCUCGACCUGCCCGUUUCCCGGCCGAAGCAGCAGCAGCAGCAGCAGCUGCUGCUGCUGCUGCUGCUGCGCAGCAGCACAAGCUGCUGCACCGCGCAGCACCUGCAGACGUCGAGGGCCUUGUCCACGCAGUGGUGAGAGCGGGAGCUGCCCCUAGUGUUUUUGUCUCGGAGUCCCCCAACCCCCGCAGCAAGCUGCUGCGAGAGCAAGCAGCAAAACUGCAGCAGCAGCUAAACCCUCAGCUGCAGCAGCAAAGCUCAAACCCUCCCUUCAUCAAGUGGAAAGACCUUCUGCAUCAAGUCGUGCAGCGCGCUGCAGUUGGCUACUGUGAAGCCCUGCUGCUGCCAGAAGAGCAGCAGCGGCCUGAGUUGCUGCUGCUGCUGCCAUAUUUCAAACCCUCGAAAGACGUAUACGGAGGUGCUGCAGCAGCAGCAGAUCUCACCACUGUUGCAUUUGAGAGACACCUGGGGCCCCAGCGGCUGCAGCGCCGGCUGCUGUCUCUCCCUUGCGAGCAGCUAGCAGCAAUCUUUAGCCCCCGGCAGCAGCAGCAACAGCAGCAGCAGCAGCAGCAGCAGCAGCAGCAGAGAGAACAGCCCCAGCAAGCCCAAAUGCAGCAGCAGCAGCAGCAGGGGCAGGAAGAGAAGCUCCAGCAACCCCAGAUGCAGCAGCAGCAGCAGCAGCGGCAGGAAGAGAAGCUCCAGCAAGCUCAGGUGCAGCAGCAGCGGCAUCAGCAGCAGCAGCAGCAGCAGCAAACUCAGCAGGAAGGGGAAGAUCACCACAAGCAGCAGCAGCAGCAGCAAGACGCUGCCGCUUGGCGAGGGGCAGCAGCAAUGGUGCCUCCAACGGGCAGCACGCAGCAGCAGCAGCAAAAGCAGCAGCAGCACGUGGAACAGCAGCAGCAGCAAGUGGAACAGCAGCAGAAGCAGCGGCAGCAGCAUGUGGAGCAGCAGCUGCAGCAGCACCAGCAACUGGAACAGCAGGAAAAACCGCAGCAGCUGCUUCUGCAGGGACAUCAGAUGCAGCAGCAACUGCAGCAGCAGCUGCAGCAGCAGCAGCUACAAGAGCAGCAGCAGCAAGCAGCACAGGCUGGAAAGCCCCCGAAAGCCUCUGUUGCUGAUGCUGCUGCUGCUGCUGCAUCCCCUGCAGCUGCAGCAGCAGCAACUGCUGCUGCAGCAGCAUUCAGCAGCAGGUGCAGCAGCGUCAGCUUGAGCUCUCCCCGAGAUGACAGCAGCAGCAUCAGCAGCAGCAGCAGCGAUGAGGCCCCUUCUUUGAGGCGCGCUGUGCUGCCGAGCCCUUGGUCAAAAGAUCAGCAGCAGCAGCAGCAGCAGCAGCAGCAGGUGCUGCUGCAGCAGAUGAUGCAGCGCGAGCAGCAGCAGCUGUGGCACCACCGACUGCCUGCAGCAAGCGACGGCAGCAGCAGCAGCGACGAAGACUCUGUGCCCCUUGCAGACCUUCCUGCUGCAGCAGCAGCAACUGCAGCACCUAGAGCUGCUGCAGCAGCAGCAGCACUGGCUGAUUGUGCUGCAGUUGCUGCAACAGCAGCAACUGACUGUGCUGCUGGUGCAGCAACUCAGGCAGAAGCAACUGCAGCAGCAGCUUGCUCUGCUGCAGCAGCAGCUGCAACGCUGCAACACACAGGCGACCGCAACAUUAGUCCACCGCUGCUGCAGCAGCAGCAGCAGCAACAGUAG